CGUUAGGACUCAUUGGAUUGUUUUUUACAAAUAAAUUUCGGGAGAAGAAUCCAUUCAGGCAUUCACCCACAACGUUAUCAAUCAGGCGGUAAAAAAUGAAAAAUAUUGAUAAUGCCGGAGAAAGAAGGAAAAAAUGGAUCGACGGGUAGAGUAGGUGUAGGAUAAGACAGCCUCAUAGUGUGUAGCACUGGACUCCUGCUACUCUUCCGCGUCUCUAUCUCUAUCUUUCUCUCUCUACCUUUUUCUUUUACGAUCACUCCGUACAAAAAACAACCCAAAAAGAAGGGUAAAUAAACACAGUGUCCGUAUUUUUAAUGGCAGGAGCAUGCUUUUUAGCUGAUGAGAGAGUUGAAGUCUUGAAGAAGAACCUGCCUCAUACUUCAAUUCAUUUUUUGGUCUCUCCGGUGAACUGCAGUCCCUUAAACAAUUCUUCUACUGCAAAUUAAAAAGGUGGCAGGCUAAUCACCAAGAACAGAAGGGGUUGGUCACUUUGUUCGAUCUAGAGAUAGAUCUUAAUUAGUGGGCAGGCCUUAUCUUUAGCUUUAAGGGCUACGACUGUUAUGCUGAAAGUUAAGAGGAUAAUAAUAAGAAGAAGGCCAGCAGGCAGAUGUUAUCCAUUCAUGAAAACCCUCCAGAUCUGCCGUGCCCCCCUCCUCCCCAGCUAACCUCAUCUCCACUUAAAGAAAGCAAGAGUGGUGGUGAUGAUGAAAGUGGUUCUUCUUCCGUUGAGAAGGUAGAUCUGUCCCGGUCAAGUCCACCCUCCAAAUAUUUUUCCAUGAGGGAUUAUGUUUUUAGCGGCAGGAGCAAGAAUAUCAAGACCAACUGGCCUUUUUCUCAGAAAAGUUUGGAGCUUUGUUUGAAACAUGGUGUGAAGGAUUUGUUGCCACCUUUUGCUACUGCUGACAAUCAGAGACGCAAUACGUUAUUGGCUGACAAACAGGAUACAACCGUUUUGCAUGGAGAGCAAUCCAGACCGUGUGAUGACGAUUCCUUGCCGUCUGCGCCCCACAAUACUCCAUCGCCUGCUAACAUAAAUUUAAGUGCUGGAACUGACGUGAAUAAAGUUUCCUCUUGUUCAGCACUAGUAGAUUCUGUCCCGGUGAAUAGGAGGAAGAGGAGCAGGUCUUGUUUGGAAUUGGGAGCUAAAGCUGGGAGACCAGACAAGGCCCACCCAGUUAAGAAGCGCAUCUUUACAGGCGCCAAGCUGAGCAGCAGCAGCAUUGAGGAAAAUAGAGCAAGUAAUUUUGCUGUGAUAUCAGAAUCAAUGGCAGCUGUUUCAAAAACAUGUCCAGUUUGCAAGAAGUUCUCAUCAUCAUCAAACACCACUCUGAAUGCUCACAUUGAUCGUUGUCUUUCUGGCGAGUCACCAACCAUCAAGUGGACUUCAGCGAAUAGUGAAGUUAGCAGGCAUAGGAUGAGGCCCAGAAAAACAAGACUUAUGACUGACAUCUACACAACUGCCCAACAUUGCACAUUGGAGGAUCUUGAUCGAAGAAAUGGAACAACCUUUGCUGUCCGCCCCAGCUUUUCUGCCCAAGAGAUGGAUAGAUGUGAUGACGAGAAAACAAAAAAAUUGCCACCUGUUGUUGAUACUGACAAAGCAUGUGCUGAAGGUGCAGUAUAUAUUGAUGCCAAUGGGACUAAGCUUCGGAUUCUAUCAAAGUUCAAUGAUGGAAAAGGCACCACAUUUGGCUCAAAGAAAUUUAUGAAAGGUAACAGAGGGUUCAAGUUCCUUUCCACCUCCAAAAAGAAUAAACAUAAGAGCCACCAUUCCCAGAAAAAAUUCAAGAAGAUUUUGAAAUCCGAUGCCCAAAACAAAGUUGUCUGCUCUUUCAGCCGACAUAUUUUGGAGAUGAGUGGUGUUCAAGAUACGAGCUAUGUUCGAAAGCAAACUACUGAGAAAGAGGAUUUCCCAAACUUGCAGCUCAGGUCUCAAGAUUACAACAAGAUGGGUAAUGAGUAUCAUGAAGAUCCAUAUGCCAACCUGAGCGGUAAUUCAAGAAACCUAAAACCGCCCCUAAAGGCAAAUUCUAGUGAGAAAAGACACAAAAGGUUGGGGGAUGAAGAAUGUGAGGUCAGUGAUGAUGAUCACAGUGAGCUACCUUAUUUAACAAAGAAAGGUGGUUUUCAAAUGCUAAAGAAGAAGUGCAAAGCAGCAAAAUAUUUAAAAGCAGAUGAUAAGGUCCUUUCACCCUGUUGCAGUAGUGGGGACACCACUAAUGGUCUAAAUCAAACACCUCAUCAUACGAAUCCUGCCAUUAAUGUAAAUGCUGCGACACCAAGGUACAGUGGGGCCCACUGUCAUCAUGCAUUCUCUUCAAAAGCUAAGAAGUUCUCAUCUCCUAAGAAGAACCUAGUACCCAUUAGUCAAACAUCUGUUGUGAAAUGCAGCAGCCAUAAGAAAUUUAAGGUUCCUUGCAGCAGCAGGUCCAUCAUCAGGCGUGAUGAGGAAACAUGUGAAGAUGAUGAUGAAAAAGAAUAUGAUCCUGCCGCUGAAAGCCAGGGUAAAUUUCAAGCCAGACGGCAUGAUGCUAAGAAAGCGAAGGUCUUGAGAAUCAGAAAGGAGGAUAAGAAGGAUGAAGAUAUGAGCAUGAUGGGCUUACAUCCCAUUGCCGGCCAUUGUGAUCGCGAUAUUGGGAAUAAUAAUAAUAAUAAUAAUAAUAAUAAUAAUAAUAAUAGCAACAACAACAAUAGUAGCUCUACCUUCAGUGUUGCAUCAGGCUUAUGUGAUGAUGACCACCUCCACCAUGUUGAAGUGGAGCCUGCCUCCUCAGAGUUGUCUGCCGGGAGAAAGUUUGUAAAACUUAGCAAACAUAUGGGGGGUUCUGGAGUAGAUGAAAAUAGCUGCUUGGGUGCUGAUGAUGAUCAUACACGGCUGCUGUUUGGGAAUGUGGAAUUUGAAAGGAAGGGGCGGUAUUUUAUUCGCUGUGACAAAGAGGAGAUGUUUCCUACCCCUGUCGAUAUACGUGCCACAGUCACUCAGAAGCAUGAAUUCCAAGGGGGGUAUUGUCACCUAGAGGUUGACUCAAUUCCUAUACCGGGACCACCAGGGUCCUUUAUACCCAGUCCUGGUCGUACGUGCUCAGAAGAAGAUUUUCAAGGAAAUUCAUCACUGGUCACCAGUAACUGCAGACCUCAAUCUUCCGAUGAAGACCAUCAUCCAGAUCAUGAGUUAGUUGUUGCUAAUAGGAGGGGGGUUUCAUCUGACGAUUCUCCAGUUUCUGCUACUUCUACACUCUCCCACUUCACCAGGUCCUCAGACCAGCCAGAUGCUAGUGGAAAGCCUUGGCUUUAUUCAACUACUAUAGAAGUAGAAAACCAAUCGAGCGGUCAUCAUCAUGGUGUGGAGAACCCUACUCCACAUCUGGAGGCCAUAAAUGUAACAUUAUUAUUGCCUAAGAAAGGAUUCAAGUACAGUAGUAGUGAACAGCAGCAGCAGUCAUGCUGUUGUGGAUUUGCCUCCUCUCAAACUCUUUCCUUGAGCUAUCAAGAGCCGCCUUUACCACAACUCUUGCAGCAACAGAGGCGAACUACCCCACUUCCCCCGACAAAUUUACAUCUGUGUCACUCCAAAGUCUUGGCUGACUCUGGGCUCCCAAGCCCCUCUAAGCCCGUUAUCAGGCUGAUGGGAAAGAAUGUAUUGGUGGACAGCAAAGAUGAUGAUGAUGAUGAAAGUAUGACCCCGAAAGCAAAUCCCUCAUCACAAACAAGUUUCACGAAAGAGGCAGGUAAGCCAUAUCAUCAGGCUGGAGAUCUUCAAGGCUAUCACCGUGGUUGGAAUGCUGGCAGUGGUUUGAUGACAAUGGGCAGCAUCCUUGACCGUUGUGGGUCAUUUGGUGGUGGUGGUGGUGGUGGAUACGGUGUCAUCACUAAACAAGCGGGAGAUGUUUGUAACCAAAUGGCCUACAUGUCUCAUAGUCAUUAUGCGGGCGCAGGUUCCACCACCAAAGAAGCAAUUGUGAUCAAGGAUAGCAUCAGCAGCCCAAACUGUAAAGAUUAUAAUAACAUCAAUGGAAUGGUGGAAAGUAGGAGGUGUCCAGGUGGAAACUCCGUGCCCCCCUCCACCUAUACCACCCAAUCAAUGAACUAUGCAGAUCUAUAUGGUGGUCAUACGCAUCACCGCCCUGGAUGGGGAGGAGUUGCCCACGCUGCAAGUUUUGGAGUGAACGGUCAGUGGAACCAUUCUUCAGAGAGUUCAGACGCAGUCAAUGGGCACCAUCUAGCACCCCCUACCCCGUCAUCUACCAGGCAUCUAGGAUCUUCAUUGUACUGUACUCCUGGUUUUUCAUGACCUUCCAAAGCUGUAGAGGUUAUUGAUCGAUCAAGCUGAGGUGCAUGACAUGACAUGGCAUAAAACUUAUAGGUAUCUGACAAAAGAAAGAGCAAGUUAAUCAUAUAUCCUGUUUGUUUGUUACUUUGUUGUUAUAUCGGUCUUAAUAAAUAAAUAUAUGUUCUGCUUGAAACUUUUCUUGGACUACCUGAGCUUCUCUUGUGGGGCUUGUGUAUAGAUUAUAGUAUCGGUAUAUGAUGAGUUUUGUGUGUUACGGACUAAGGACUACUUCGUAAUUUCGUAUAUAUGCAUUCGCUAAAG